AGCUGUGAUGCAGGUUUACUGUGUGAAGCUGGAGAUGAGACGGUCACACUGCAGGAAGUGGAAGGAACCACUAUAACUCUCCAUACUGGGAUAACUGGAAUUCAGAGUGAUGCUCAUAUAGUUUGGUUUUAUGGACCUGAGAAAGCAGAGAAAAAGAUAUUGAACAGUCAGGUGUUUAAAGGAGAAACUGUUACAGAAAUCAGUGAGAGAUUUAAAGAGCGACUGCAGCUGGACAGAAUCAGUGGAGCUUUAACCAUCAGGAACAUCAGCAGAACUGAUUCUGGAGUUUAUUUAUUACACGUCAUCACUGAACAUCUCUCAUCUAGGACUUUCAGUGUCAGUGUUUAUGCUCCAGUAUCAGCUCCAGUAAUAAGAAAUCAAAGAGGACACCGAAGUGUGAUUUCCACAGAGCCGUGUUUCCUCCUGUGCUCUGUGGAGAAUGGAGAAGAUGUGAAUUUAUCCUGGUACAGAGAGAAUGAGAGAAUCUCCACCACCAGUAACACAGAUCUCAGUGUUCCCCUCAAUCUCUCACUUCAACUACACCAUGACAAGAACACUAACACUUACAUCUGUGUGUCUGCAAACCCUGUCAGCAACAAAACAUCUUCUCUCAGCAUCACACAGCUCUGUUAUCACACCUCAGGUAAAACUAAAGAUUCCCAUUCGCUGCUUCCUGCCCUGAUAUCUGCUGGACUUUUCAUAUUAUUGAUAAUAUUAUUAACUCUGGGGUUUUGGCUGAAAAAGAAAAAGCACCAAGAAAAAUCUGAGGAACUGACUUACGCUGAUGUGAAUAUUAAAGCUCACACUGCAGAGAGAGAUAAAGAGGAAGAAAACUCCACAGUAACGGAUGGUGAAGUGGAGAGAGACUCUGUGGUGUAUUCACAUGUGAUGAGAUCCAAAUAAUUCAACACAUCUCUAUAUCCUUCUCGCUAUUUAAAUUGUUUUUUUUAGCAUAAAUCUU